GUCGAGGAGGCAGACGACCCACUUUGAGGAGCCACAUUCAAAGCUUUCCCGUUGUUCCUCCUUCCCACUCAGCUCCCAGGCUUUUAUCUAUCGCCAGUUUCCUCCUGCACAUCUUUAAGGACCCAAGGAGCGCCAUUAGUCUGUCAAGGCCUGGGUGGAGGAGUUAAAUCAGCCAUAUUGAUAGCUGUCAUGUGUGGGCGGACGGCGUGCACAUUGGCACCAGACGAGGUGUGCAAGGCGUGCAGUGUGCUGAAGCUCGGGGCAGAUGGCAGGAAAUCCUACCAGUCCCUACAAUGGAGGGACCAUCCUGGCGACCACACCUACAGCCCCUCCACCAACAUGGCUCCCUCGCGUUACACACCCGUCAUCAUAAGUGAGCAGCAGCAGCGUGGAGUGAAGAGGAUGCAAGAUGGGGAGGAGCAGCCUACCCAGCGCAUUGUUCAUCCCAUGAUGUGGGGUCUCGUCCCUCCCUUUUAUAAGGGUCCAUCUGCUACAGGCCAUGGAUACAGCACAACCAACAGUAGACUGGAAGAUGUAGAAACAAAAGCCUCAUACAAGCCUUCCCUCAGCAGAGGACAAAGGUGUGUGGUUUUAUGUGACGGCUUUUACGAGUGGCAGACAACAAAAGGCACCAAAAACAAGCAGCCGUACUUCAUCUAUGCACCCCAGCCUGAGGAGGUUAAGAUUUGGGACAGAGCCACGUGGGACAAACCUGAAGUCUGGGAUGAAGAGGAGGGUUGGAAGGGGCCUCAGCUGCUAAAAAUGGCUGGAUUAUUUUCCCAUUGGAGGUCUUCAGAAGGUGAAGAAAUUAUGAGCUACAGUGUCCUUACCAGAGAGGCCUCCAAGAAAUUUUCUGUCCUGCACCACCGCAUCCCAGCCAUCUUGGAGACUGAAGAGGAGGUGGAGGACUGGCUAGAUGCUGGAAGAGUGAACUACAAGGAGGCACUGGAGAUGCUGAGGCAGAAAGAUGAGCCAGUCCUGGAGUGGCAUCCCGUUUCUACGGAAGUAAACAACGCCCGCAACCAAAACUCAGACCUCCACUACCCUGUCUCCUUGAAGAAGAAGCCGCCACAGUCAGCCGGCAGCAGGUUUAUGUCUGCCUGGCUUGGCAAGGCACCAGUGAAGGAGGAAGUCAAAUCAAUCAAGGAGGAAAAUGGAAACAAGAAUAAAGAGAAUGGAGAGAAAACUAUGUCAGCCAAGGAGGAAACUAAGAAUGGAGUAAAGAAUGAAGGUGAAGCGUAGGCCAGCACACACGAUUGCCAAUGAAGUUGUGAGGGAAGACAACUCAUGUGUAGUUGUAAAUGUUCCUCAGUGGCAGGGAAGAUUUGAAGUAAUGCAAAACUUCACAGGACAGCUGACAGGUAACACUCAUGGAACUAUUAGGAAGGACUUUAUUUUUUUUUCUUCAUUUUUCCUUGUAGACUUUGAAGGACAGCUGACAGGUAACACUCAUGGAACUAUUAGGAAGGACUUCUUUUUUUUUCAUUUUUCCUUGUAGACUUUGAAGGACAGCUGACAGGUAACACUCAUAGAACUGUUAGGAAGGACUUAUUAUUUUUUUUCAUUUUUCCUUGUAGACUUUGAAGGACAGCUGACAGGUAACACUCAUAGAACUAUUAGGAAGGACUUAUUUUUUUUUUCAUUUUUCCUUGUAGACUUCGAAGGACAGCUGACAGGUAACACUCAUAGAACUAUUAGGAAGGACUUAUUUUUUUUUUCAUUUUUCCUUGUAGACUUCGAAGGACAGCUGACAGGUAACACUCAUAGAACUAUUAGGAAGGACUUAUUUUUUUUUUCAUUUUUCCUUGUAGACUUCGAAGGACAGCUGACAGGUAACACUCAUGGAACUAUUAGGAAGUACUUAUUUUUUUUUUCAUUUUUCCUUGUAGACUUUGAAGGACAGCUGACAGGUAACACAUGGAACUAUUAGGAAGGACUUUAUAUUUUUUUUCUUCAUUUUCCCUUGUAGACUUGGAAUGAAUAGUAUGAAAAGGAAUUUUGUUUACAUAGUACCUGGAUGUGAGUUUAUACUGACAUUGAAGCAUGGCAGAGUUUAGUAUAUAUUCUGUAGUACUAGAUAUAUUCAAAUUUAUUCCUUGAUCACUACAUUCCCUUAAGUAUCAAGCGUAUAGAUAGCAUUCUUGUGUAUGAACCAUUAUAUACCUUGGGAUGUAAUUAAACACAAGGGAGAAACAAUGGUGAGUCAGUAUGUCUGUAUCUGAUGCUAGACACUAGAGUUGGACUAUAUAUAUGAGAGGAUAGAGUGUUAUUACAGUCGGAGUUGGACACAAGUUUGUUACGAAUACAGGAUUCAUUUAUUUUUUCCUGUUUUAGAGGUCUGUAUAGUAAGACGACUUCAUGCAAGAUGGGUUCUUAAGGAAGUCACACUAUAGCAGUUUUGUGCUAAAGUGAAGUGUUAUUUCAAUGUAAUUAAAGAUUAUUAUUGAAGAAACAUAAUACUGAAUGCACACCAGCUUAUUACUUGCGGGUUCCUUGAUUUUAUACUUUGCUCCGAGUGUCACGACCUGGCUAUAGACACUCUCUGAUUAGUAUAUACUUUAUUGUGUAUCUGUAAAGGGUCAGAUAGUCACAAACACUUGCAUCUCUGCUAUGUAGAGGAGCCUUAUUCACCAGUAUUUAUCACUAGGAAUAUACAAUUGAAGUGCUACUUUAAACUGCUAGAAAUAGCUUUUGCUGAGAAAAUGCAAGACAUCUUCAUGUGAUGUCGUGAAUAGAGGAGGCCAAUUGUAUAUGCUAUUAAAAA